AUGCCAGUCGAGGAAGAGGAGACUCCGGAAGAGGAGACUCCGGGCUAUCAGCCCAUGCACAUCAAUCAGUAUUUAUUGUAUCCAUCACAGAUGGAAAUAUCUGAAUUACCAUCAAGCGAUUUUUAUUAUGCUUGCCGUAAUAAUGAUAUUGAUUUAGCUAAAUCGCUUAUGGAAACUAUGACAUCCGAUCAAAUAGACAAAUUAGAACCAAAUGGUAGUACAGCUUUGCAUAGUGCAUCAUAUUAUGGAUAUUGUGAAAUUGUCGAAUUAUUAUUAAAAAAAGGUACAUCAAGAUGCAUAAGAGAUAAAUAUAAUUGUACUCCAUAUGAGGAAGGAAAAACAGCUGAAAUAAAAGAAAAUCUAGAUCAACAUCAAUUAUUAUAUAUUCUUAAUCUUAUCUGUUGUCACCCUGAUUUUAUUAUAUAUGAAUUCCAAGGUCAAACAUAUCGUGGUAUGAAAAUGGACGCCGAUGAUUUAAAACAAUACGAAAUUGGUGCUAAGAUUAUGACUAAAUCUUUAUUAUCAAUUUCAAAAGAUCGAUCUGUUGCUGAAAAGUUUGCUAUAAAGAUGGAAGAAAAUGUUGAUGCAUUUCAACUAAUCAAUAUUCAAGAAAUUAAUAACAAUUAUGGAAUUUUAAUUGAAAUUGAACUACGUCAAUGUAAACCAUUCGUUAAAACCUACAAAGCAUUGGCUGUAGGAGGAAGUUUACUUAUAGCAGCUGCCGGUAUAGUUACAGCUAUGUUCCUUGAUGACAACCAAAAUCAUAAUUGUCUUGAACAAUAG